GGCGGGAGGGCGAGCGGCAGUGGCCGCCUGAACAGAGCCCGCGCCUCCGCCGUCUGAGGGGAGCUCGAGCCGCCGCCGGGGCGAUGCUGGAGGAGCUGGAGUGCGGGGCGCCUGGCGCCAGGGGAGCGGCCGCAGCCAUGGACUGCAAAGACAGACCAGCUUUUCCAGUCAAGAAGUUAAUACAAGCUCGUCUGCCCUUCAAGCGCCUGAAUCUUGUUCCAAAGGAGAAGAGUGAGGAUGGGUCAGAUGACAUGAGGAGCUCUGAGGGCACUCCUGCACAAAGUCAAGUACCUGAUCUGGAGACUUCUUUGGACGCCUUGGAGAACAACUGUCAUAUGGGCUCUGACAUAGACUGUAGUCCAAAACUUGUCAAUGGGAAGGGUCCCUUAGAUAACUUUUUAAGAAGCAGAGUCAAAACCAGUAUUGACCAGACCACAGUCAUCAUUGACUUGACGGAGGACUCGAGUGACCAACUAGAUGGCCUUCUGGCCCACAGUAAACUAGAUGCUGCAGCCUCUCCCUCCGAGGAGGCUGUAAGUGGGGUCAGAGAAGAAGCUGGAUGUGACAGGGCGACGCUGGAGGCCAGUCUGGAGGACGAGCUGACAUACCCUGAGGAGACCCUUACAGACAUUCCAUGCAAAACAGAGGAGGGUGCUGGCUCCAGGGGUGCAGAGAGGAGUGGAGAUGGGCAGAAAGCCUCGCCCCCAAGCAGCCCUGUGCCGACAGGUGGUCCGAGAACAUGCUCCGAGAGGGACCAGGAUGGUUGGAGUGAAGCCAGGGGCAUCCUGUUCAAAGGGAAGGUGCCCGUAGUGGUUUUGCAGGAUAUCCUGGCUGCGAAACCUCCUCAAGCCAAGUCUCCUCCCAUGACACCUGCAGACCAGGGCAUGCCCUCUGAGAGCGAGAUGCUGGAGUCUGGCCCUGAAGAAGACUCUGUUCUUAGCCAUUCGUCCCAGGGUUCUUCCUCUCCUACCAGCUCACCUGAGGGGCAGUCUGCUUCCAAAACGCACAGCAGUCCCAGGCCUUCCCCCACCUCCACACCUAUCCGUAGAAUGAUUCCUUGGCUUUUAUCUCCUGAGGAGUUGAGAAGAAAAGAAAAAAAAUGCCAAUUGCUUGAAAUCCUUCCAGACUGCUGCUUCUACUUUGCCGAGAUCUUCUGUCAUACCCUGGCCGGCUCUUGCGGGAAGUUCGCCCCUUUUGAAAUUAAAGAGCACAUGGUUCUCGCCCCUCGGUUUCGGACUGCCUUCGACCAAGACCUCUGUGAUCAGUUGGACCAGCUCCUCCAGCAACAGAAUGGCGAGCUCUCCUUCCUGAAAGAUCUGAAAGGCCGGCAGCCCCUCAGGUCUGGACCCACCAUGGUUUCAAACCGAAACACAAAUAUUUAUAACAGCGAUGUGCUGAUCGUGGAGAGCGGCAAGGUGGAUGGCGUUCCUAAGAGGAAGAAGUUUGGCAGAAUGAAACUCCUACAGUUUUCUGAGAAUCACCGGCCGGCAUACUGGGGGACAUGGAAUAAGAAGACAACUGUCAUCCAUCCAAGGGACCCCUGGGCCCAAGACAGGAAGCUCCUGGACUAUGAGGUGGACAGUGACGAGGAGUGGGAAGAGGAGGAGCCGGGAGAGUCCCUCUCCCAUAGUGAGGGGGAUGAUGAUGACGAAGUGGGAGAAGAUGAAGAUGAGGAUGAUGGUUUUUUCGUGCCCCAUGGGUACCUGUCUGAGGACGAGGGAGUAACCGAGGAGUGUGCCGACCCAGAGAACCACAAGGUUCGCCAGAAACUGAAGGCCAAAGAGUGGGACGAGUUUUUGGCGAAGGGGAAGAGGUUCCGCGUGCUCCAGCCCGUGAAGAUUGGCUGCAUCUGGGCAGCCGAUAAGGAUGGUGGUGCCGACCUGAAGGUGCUGCAGCAGUUCACGGCGUGCCUUCUGGAGACAGUCCCCUCCGAGGAGGAGCAGACGCCCAAGGCCUCCAGACGAGAGAAGAGAGACCAGCAGAUCUUGGGGCAGUUGCUCCCACUGCUGCACGGGAAUGUGAACGGAAGCAAAGCGAUCAUCCGGGAGUUCCAGGAGUGCUGCCGCCGGGGGCUGCUCAGCAAGGACACGGGCAGUCCUGACAGCAGCUCUGCCAGCCCGCCCAGCCCCGGCUCCUCCCGCCCGCAGACCCCCACCACCAGCGAGGACGCCGCCGUGCCCUCCAAGGCCAGGCUCAAGCGGAUAAUUUCCGAGAACUCGGUGUACGAGAAGAGGCCUGAUUUCAGGAUGUGCUGGUACGUCCACCCGCAGGUGCUGAAGACCUUUGACCAGGAGCACCUGCCCGUGCCGUGCCAGUGGAGUUACGUCACCAUGGUGCCCGCGGCCACCAGGGAGGACAGUGGCAGCGUCCCCGCCACGGGGCCCGGCCAGGGGACGCCCGUCUCGCUGAAGCGGAAGUCAGCCGGCAGCAUGUGCAUCACCCAGUUCAUGAAGAAGCGCAGGCACGACGGGCAGGUUGGAGCCGGGGACCUGGAUGGCUUCCAGGCAGACACAGAGGAGGAGGAAGAGGAGGACGGCGACUGUGUGAUCCUGGACAUCUCGGAUGUUGGGGAGGCCCCGGCCCCGUGCGGAACCACUUCUGGAGCCGGGGGGUCCGUGGGAAUGGACACCAGUGAGAGCCCCGUGCCCGCCCGCUCGCUCGGCCCCUGCUGAGUGCCCCGCCGGCCCAGUGUGUGUAGGUAGAAUGGUUAGGGCAUUCACAAACGCCUCUUGGAUACUUGAAAGUCCUGCGAGUCCUGUGUAAAGAGCACUUUGUCCUGCUUCGCAGGCCUCCCCGGAGGUCUGGAAAGUUUUAUAGAGGAUGCUUGAUUUGUUCCUUUUGAUAUUUGUAAAAAUGUUCCCCCCAAAAGCUGCAUAUUAAUCUGCCCUUUAAUAAAGCAUUAUUGCGAUGUGAGGACCUGUCCAGGGACAGGCUGGUCGCGCCUGUGGGCCCCCAAGCAGGCGCUGUGAUGAAAUGCUUGUAAAUGAGUUGGACCUGAAGUGGGUGUGUAUAAACUUAUUGUCCAGCCCCGA